AUGGCGCCUGAAGUGAUUCAGCCUGUUGCCUACGGUGGAGGAUUGCCAGUAACCAAGAUGCAGAGCGAUCCUAAAGAGAAGUUUUACCGCCAUUUCCAGGAAGCCGUUGCUAGCUUGCUGGACGAAAUCAACGGCCUCGGCUCUAUUGCACAGAUUGGUGGUGAGAGGCAGGAUGCUAUCGAUCACAUCCUCGCCAGCAUUUCGGCGUUGUCAAACGAGGUCGCCGAUGCCUCUGACUUUGUGCCCUCAUAUGACCAGCGGACUUACGCUCAGGCCAUUAAAGCUCUUACAGACAAGUUGAACGAGACCACAACUAAGCUGGCCCCUCGCUCACGCUUCCAAUUCAAGAACCGCGGGAAGACCGCAGCGACCAGCGAAUUGGCAGCUCCAAAGAAUGACCCGCGUCUAGUCGUGGGCGGCAGCCUGGCUGAUCCCGUCCCGGCAUCCCGAGGCGGCCCCGUCGUGGCGUCCGAACCACAGGCGGAGGCCGAUGGUCUCGGCGCCCUUCCCUCGUUCCCCAAGAACUACAACGAGGAGAUGGCGAGGCCGAGCGCCUCCAAAGUCCGCAAGCCCAGUUUCUCAACCGCCAAGGACAUUGCCAUCUUCGGCCAGCAAGGCCUGCACAUUAUUCUCCCGACCUCGGCAUCGAGAGCGACGUCCUCCGGCCGCUUGACGGAUUUGAAGGGCUGCAUUGUCGACAUGUCCCUAGCAAUCUCCGGCAACACGUCUUUUGCAAACCUGGCGCUGAAGAACAUCGAAAAGAGUCUCAUCGUCGCCGGCAACGUCGCCGGGCCGGCGCAUAUCACUGGUGUGUCGGACAGCAUCAUCGUCGUCUCGGCCCGGCAGGUGCGCAUCCACGAGUGCAAGAACGUCGACAUUUACCUGCACUGCUCGAGCCACCCCAUCAUCGAAGAUUGCUCCAACAUGCGCUUCGCACCGCUACCCGCGGCUUUCGAUACCCCCGAAGACCCCGUCAAGAACCAGUGGGACCAGGUCGACGAUUUCAAGUGGCUCAAGUCGGAACCGAGCCCGAACUGGAGUGUGUUGCCCGAGGAGCAGAGGUUGUCCGAGGAGAUUUGGACGAGGACUGUACCGGGAGAGCGGGGUAAGGACCUGCAUGAUAUCCUCAAGGCCGUCGGUAUCAUGGAGCACUGA